CAAGAGCAUUGAAGUCAAUGACUACGGUGUGUUAGUGUGCGUGCAGGUGAGAUGAACGUGUAGAGCGGGACCGCGAGAGGCUCCGUCGCUCGCGCAGGUAGAGCCGCGGCCCGCGCCAGUACUGACACGCGCCCCGCGCGGCCGCGUUCCUUCGCACGGCCACUGUCCGCCUCUCGCCGCGUAAACAAGACCGUAACCGCAAAACACCUGUACUAAAACAUAAACUAAGUGCAACUAGUGCAAGCAGUGCUCUGACAAUCUAAGCGACCAGUGCCUCUCACCAAACAUCGGAUCGCGACAAGAUAAUUGCGCGAAUGCCACGGUCCGCGGCCUACGCAGCCGGCGUCCCCUCCUCCGUUCAUUCAAGGACCAAUAGUUGUAUUGAAUAUUGAACCCAUGCCGCCUCAGCUCGCUUUCGCGUGUGCGCAAUCUGUGCCGUUUUUGAGAUGAAUCACAUAAACAUCACACGGCCUCUCUGAGCUGAUGACCGUCUGCGGAUCGGCUCUAACGACAAUGUCAAUCAAUCAAAAUGGAGUUCAGUUCAACAAACAGAAACAGCAACAGCAACUAGGUAAACAGGGUCCGGAACCGGUCAACUUUCCACCGCGGUAUCAUCCGCCUCCGCCGUCCGCGGCCGGUCCCAAACUAGCCACUAUUGACCCGUCCGCGAAGGAAUUCAAACCUCCUUACGUGGGGAAACCUGUGGACCCCAAUAAAAUACAAUAUCCCCUAGGAGCUCAACCUGCUGCAUAUCCGGGGGGAUCGAUUCCCUUUUCGAAGUAUCCCCAAGGAUACCCGGUAGGGUACCCUCAAGCGCCGGGAGCUUUACGUGUGUUGCGACCCCCGGGAGAGGUGGUCACGAAGGCGAUCGUGCACGAGCCCGGGCAGCCCACGGCACGCGCGCGCAGCGCGGACGAUACCCAGCGCGUGCAGCGAAACCUCGAGGAGGAGCAGAUCCACAGGAGAUCAGCUGACAUGCUCAAAUUCACUAAGCGAGUGGAACCUGAUGGUCCCCGAGCUUCGACGGACCAGCGGCGUCAAAUUCAGACUCUUUUGGACGAGAUAAAAGCAUUGAAGGACGCUAACCGAAGACUGAGCGACGACAAUCAGGAGCUUCGUGACUUGUGUUGUUUUUUAGAUGAUGAUCGACAGAAAGGAAGAAAGUUAGCACGCGAAUGGCAAAGAUUCGGCAGAUACACGGCGUCGGUUAUGAGGCAGGAAGUUUCAGCGUAUCAAAGCAAACUAAGGGAACUGGACGAUAAACAGCAGGAACUGAUAAGAGAUAAUUUAGAGUUAAAAGAGUUGUGCUUGUACUUGGACGAGGAGCGCGAGAGGAGCACAUGUGUAAACUGCGGACGAGCGGCGGGCAGAGAGCGAGACGACGGCGAUGGCAGCAGCAGCGGCACCAACGCCGAGGAGGUGCGCGCACUCGCCGCACCCGUCACGCACCCGCAGCUGGCCGAGCGCACGGUGCAGUACGUGCGCGACCUGGAGCAGAAGGUUCGACGAUUGGAGGCAGAGAAAGGGGUCAACGGCGGCAUCGGCGAGCGACCCGAAGCGGUUGUGCGCGCGUUGCAAGUGUUAGAAGUCAGAGAGCGAGUGGAGAGAGAAAGAAGGAGACCAGCUCCUGACUUAGACUCUGGUGAGCAAGCCCUCGUAAGAGAAAUGUGCAAUGUGGUAUGGGGUAAGCUAGAAGACGCCCCACCACAAGCGCCUCCACGGUAAAAAAACCUACAGAAGUUAUUAACUACUAAAGUUACUACAGUACAAAUCAAAUGUAUACGCGAAAUACUGUUACCCGCCGGAGUUCGAUUGGAAUCUGACUCUAUCGAGGUCGCGGCGAGAUCGGAGGGGUCUCGUGACCCACAGACAACAGAUUGUAAGGUUGACCUUGUUUACUGAAUGUAAGAGCGGUGGGAUUUUGUUAAUGAAAACGACGCGUGUGAUGAUGCUUGUCGAGAUUAAUAACAAAUCUUAUGAGAAACCGAAAAGUACAAAUCUAUAAAUUGUGUUACAAAACUAGCAAGUGUUAAGUUAUAUUCAUAAGUGUUCUUGAAGCUUAAAUUUUCUAUCGUGGAUUCCUAUUUCGCUACAGUAGAUGACAUAUGCACCUAUUUGUAUUUGCUUAGCAUUUUUUCUAGGUAUGCGUACUAAUUAUUAUAAGUGUGUGGAUAGUACUUAUUGCUUACUUAUGUUAGCUAUUGUAUUUUAAUAUAUUGGUUCUGUUAAUUUAAAAAUGAAUGAGGCUAAAAAAAUUUACACGGCUGACGACUUCUAUUAAUGGCCAGUCAAUACCUUUCCUCUUAAAUAUUUUAUAUUUUUACCUGACUUUCCGAGUUAAUUCAAGCUAAUAAUUCCAAUAUUUGCCUUGCCUUAGCCAGUAUUUUCUAGAUAAACCGUAAAGGUUACUAGGGGUAAGACGAACACUAUGGAAUAAAUUUCAUGAAUUUGGGCUAAUGAAAGUAGACAAUAUAAAAUUCCGCAACAUUAACAAAAAAAUAACGUUUUGCAACACCGUGUAGGUACCUAUAUAUAGGUAAUACUUGAAAAUUUCUUCUUUCACUUCGAUACACAUUAGUCGUGCGAAUUUGACCUUUGAUGUGUAAAACGAUUUCUAUGAAAUAUAUCUUCAACAAAAUUGUAUGCAAGAUUCGUAUGCUAUAGAUGGUCAAGCAAAUCUUGUCAGUAGAAAAAGGCGCGAAAUUCAAAUUUUCUAUGAGACGCUAUCCCUACGCGCCUACAUUUUUCAAAUUUCCCGCCUUUUUCUACUGACAAGAUCUGCUUGACCAAGUUUAUAUGUGUGAACUGUAAUCCCUUAGUAUAUACCUACCCCGCGUGACAAAAUCGUACGAACUACCUACCCGUUCGCUUCAAGUUGGCCGUUACCUCCCGGCCCACUUCCCGGCUCUACCCCUCUCUAGAAACUCCAAAUUAGUCGCUGGAAAAAACAAAAUCACUCACAUUUUUGGAAAUAGAUAGGUACUUUAUGUUGCAUAUUCAUAUUGAGUAUGAGUACCACAAAACAAAUUUCCAAAACCUUUAUGUAAAAUUUCCAAAACCUCAAUCUACAAAAAAAUUUACUUAAUCAUCAAACCUGCUCACAAAAUUUCACGAGUUUCGGUUUGGAAUUGCGACCUGUAGAUGAGAACAUCCGGACGAAAACAUUUUUGCAAACAAGCUGAAACGGAGACCUUCACAAACGCUUCGGUCAAGUGGCGAUUUUCAUUUAAAAAGUUUUAAAUAAAUCUCAGUUCAGCAUUUAUUAGCCCAAAUCUAGCGUUCGUUUUGCCCCGAUCAAAAUAUGUAAUCAGACCCUUACAUAUUUUAAGACACUGUCAGAACUUUAGAUAUUUAUUGCAACUGUCCUUAUCAAAUAUGAUAAUGUUAUUAAUUUAUUAUUCAAAUUAUUAGUUGUGCCUAAAUUUAAUAAAUUAUUCGAGGUUUACUUUUUA